AUGGCUUUUUUCAAACAAUUACGUCUUUUAUUACGACACAAGAUUCUAUUAAGACGACGACAACCGACAAUAUUAAUACUUGAAUUAUUUUGGCCGGCAUUUGUUUUUUUUACCAUAUUGAUUGCACGAUGGCAAUUUCCACCAACAUUCAUUCAAACAUGUUAUUAUAAUGCUAAAGCAUUACCAUCGGCUGGUUUAGUUAAUCUAUUACAAUCACAUAUUUGUUCAAUGGAUAAUCCAUGUUUGAAUCGUGAACAAUAUGAGGAAGUGCCAAAUUAUCCAAAUGCAACUAUAAUCAUAGCAUCUAUAAUUAGCAAUCGUCUGGUCGUACGGCCGACAUUAUGGUUUUUUAUUUUGGGUAUACGUUUAAUUGCUGCCAUAAUUGAUACAUUAUCAAUACCAUCUGUACAAAAAUUAUUGGAANUUAAAGGUUAUUAUAAUGCUAAAGCAUUACCAUCGGCUGGUUUAGUUAAUCUAUUACAAUCACAUAUUUGUUCAAUGGAUAAUCCAUGUUUGAAUCGUGAACAAUAUGAGGAAGUGCCAAAUUAUCCAAAUGCAACUAUUCAUUUGAUUGUUGAUCAAAUAUUACCAUUAUUAACGGAUAAAAAUGUAACAAACGUUAUCAAUGAUCUACCUAAAGGUAUACGUUUAAUUGCUGCCAUAAUUGAUACAUUAUCAAUACCAUCUGUACAAAGAUUAUUGGAAAAUGGUUUUCCAUUACGUUCAAUGUUACGUUCAUCCGGUUGGAAACAUGUACAACAACAAUUAAAUCGUUUAGAAUUAUCAUUAGUGCCAUUCUAUCCGGAUUUGGAUUUAGUCAUUGAACAUUCAUCAUCAUCCGCAUCAUUAUCAUUACCAUCAUUAUCAUGGGACGAUCAUAAUCAGACAAUACAAAAGGAUUCAAAAGGUCGAACCUAUGAUAUCCUAGUCAAUGCACAUCUAAAUUUAAUGCGUUUCGGUAUUCAUUCGGAUAGUGGUAAUCAUCAAUCAUUUCGUUCAUUUCGUGAUGUUAUCUGUGAUCAUAAUGAAUUGGAAAAAUUUCUAAUCAUUCCUAAUCGACCAAAUUCUGCUGAUGAUAUACGUUUUUUAUCCAGACAUCUUUGUCUACUUGAACAAAAAGAUCUUUACUAUCUAUUUGAUCUCGUACAGGAUAAUAUCGAUUUUGUUAAUAUUCUUCAACAAUUAUCAUUAGUUUUUCGUUCAGUUGGACUUGAUGAACAUCAACAACAUUUAAAUAAUAUUCGUUCAAUGAUUACAACCAUAGAUCAGGCAAAUAUUUUUCCAUCAAUGACAGCUCUUCGUAAUACAUCAUGGCUUUAUGAUCUACCUAGUUUGUUUGAUGUACUACGAUCCGGUGAAAUAGAUGUUCAAACAUUAUUGAAAAUAGUUAAUGAUAUUGAACCAAUUUUUGGUGGUGGUGUUGGUGGUGACAAAAAUUCUGAUGAUGAAAAUGAACAACUUGAAAAUCAACGACAAAAUCAACGUAUUGAAUAUCUAAUGCGUUUGUAUGAUUCGGAUGAUUCUUCAUUGAAAACUAUUGCACAUACUGCUAUUGGUUCAUUAUCAUCGUCAACGGAUGAAACUAUUGAUUUGAAUGAUGAUGAUUAUUCAUUUGAUAAUGAAGAUGAAACAAUUUCAUUAACAAACGAUUCAAAAUUUCCCGUGGAACAUAAAGAAAUGACAAUUUUACAUAAUAUUGAUGAUUUGGAUACUAGUGAAACGGCUAAUGUUAAUCUUUUAUCCAUUGCUGCUACUAAUUAUCCAACCGAUAGUUUAGGUCGACGUUUUCUACCUAAACUUUUAGCCAAUAUGGAUAAAUUUAUUGAUGGUGCAGAAAAAUUUACCCGUACACCACAAUGGAAUUCAUUAUUGAAUGCAUUUCAAGGUCUACAAAUGAUGCUAGAAAUGACCGCUUCAAAUGGUCAACAACAAUUUUCAUCAACAAAUAUUGAACAAUUUAUUAUUAAUUUUCCAAAAAAUAUUCAAGCAUUAACAAAUUUUUUCAAUUCAAUUGUACCGGAAAAAUUUCAACCACUUGUAUUACCAUUGUUUAAUCUUGUACAAAGAAUUGCCGAUUCAAUGUUACAACAUUUAAGUGGUGCAUUUACACGUGCUUUGAAUGAAGAUAAAAUCUAUUAUUUUGAUAAAUUAGUACAAUUAUUGAUUGCUUCGAUGAAUAAUGGAACAUUACCACGGAAAUGUUUUGAUAUGCAACAUGCAAUGUGUGAUUUUGAUCAAUUUCAAUCAGUUUUUAUUAGAAAUAUUGAUGAUGAAACUGGUGAAAUUAUUGUUAUGGUUGAUGAAGAUAUUGGUACAUUACAAGGUAUUCAAGAAUUAGGUUGUAUAUUUUUUGGACAAAAUUAUUUGAAACAAAAUGUUGAAGAAUCAACACCAAUUCUGGCAAAACUUUAUUAUACAUUAUCAGCAUUAAAUGAUACAAAUCAAUUAUCAUCAUCAUUAGCCGCAUUAGGUAAUGUUUCUACAAUGGGAAACAAAUCAACAAGCACUACUAAUACUGAUGAUGAUACUGUUUUUUGGAAUAAUUUUACAACACGUAUGCUGGAAGUAUAUCUUUUGGCUACAAAAUCAGUGAAUGCAAAUGCAUGGUCAUCAAUGAUGCAACAAAUGUCAUAUGUAUGGAAACGUAAUCGUUUAUUUGAUCGAAUUAUACUUUCAUCACGUGUAUUACAAUUAACAGCAAAUUGUUUUACACCUGAACGUAUUAUGAAUUCACCAAUAUGGUUUCAUAUUCAACGUAAAAAUAUAAUUAUUAAUGAAAUUUUAAAUCUGGUUAUUGAUGAAAUUAAUCAGGCUGUUGAAAAUGAAGCACUGAAUGUUCAACAAUUAUCAAUGGGUUCACCAACAUUACAUUAUUUUCUACAUAAAAAUCUUCAUUUAUUACCUGUGUUAAUGGAUUCAAUAUUUGAUACAUUAUUUUUUAAUCUACCACGUUUUGUUGAACGUAUAUUUCAAUUAUCAAAUGCAUUCAUGUCAAAUUGGCCAUGUAAUCAUUUUAGUAUUGUUGAUUUAUUAGCUAUUCAAAAUGAAAAAUAUCGUUCAGAAAUUUAUUCAGUUGAAAAUUUUUUAUGUCAUCAAUAUCAUAUGAAUGAAGGUGAUUAUGGUCGUAUUAUUGAUGAAUUAAUAUCACCCAAUAAUAAUCAAUCACGUGGUGCACCACUUAUUCGUGUUUUACAAAAUAAAUCAAAUAAUUUAAGUAUGAUUUAUGAACAUGUACCACCAUUAGAUUGGGUUGAAGCUGCUCACAGUGUAUCGAUGAUUAAAGAAUCGGCUGAAAAAUUAAUUUUUGCCGAUAAUAAUUGGAUAUGGUUUCCUGAAGUUGAUCGGCUUGAUUCAUCGAUUCGUCAAUCAUUUGGUCGUGCUCGAUUAAUAUUUCAACAAUUUUAUAAUCAAGGAAUGGCCGGUCUAUUUACAUAUGUUGGUGAUAUAUUCACUCCAUUUGCUAUACGUUAUAUGUCAUUAAAUGAAACAUUUAGCCAGAUUUGUGAUUAUGGUGUAUCCGGUAUAUUAAUGGCACCUGUUGUUAAUGAUAAAGAAUGGCGUUGUUUUUUUGUUUCAUCAAAAUUUGCAAGCUAUUCAUUACAACAAUUACUUGAAUUACUUAAUCAAGUAUUAACGAAUUUUCUUCAUAAUAAUAAUCAAUGUCGAAUAUUUGAUAUAGAUGAUAAUGGUGGUGGUAAUUAUUCCAACAAAAGUUAUAAUCAAAUUUUAUUUUUAAGUGAUCAUAUAGCUGAAAUUAUUGAAUUAAUUAUGAAUCAAUUAUUAUUGGGUGAUAUGAAUCAAAUUACAAAUGCAAAAUCAUUACAAGAUAUUAUCUGUAAUUCAAAUAUAAAUCUAGAUAUUUUCAAUACAAAUCAUUCAUUAUAUUUAGAUAUUCGUCAAACACUAUGUGGAUUACCCGAACAAUUUACAAAUUGUUUUCAAUUAACAAUGCCUAAAAAAUGGAUUGAAACUUCGAAUCAUUUAAAUUUUACCUGGUAUACACAAUCAUUAGCUGAAUUAUCAAAUAAAUCAUCAUUUGUUGAUGCUUAUCGUAGUGUUUAUCGUUUUCUAACAUUAUUUGGACAAUUUUCACCACGUUUUAUGAAUCAAUUAUUAUCACGAUUUGAAUCAACAAAUACUAAUCAUAAUCAUGGACAACAUUUCAUACAAAAAGUAUUAAAACGUAUGAAUCAAAUGCAACAAUUUCGUGGAAAACGUUUCACAUAUGUUAUGCAAUCAAUAUCAUUAGAAUUGUAUAGAAUUUGGUUUACAAAUGGUAAAAUUUCUCAACUACCAAUUUAUCAUGAAGAAAAACGUGAUCUUAUGAUGGCAUUGAUUUAUGCUUUAAAUGAAUUACCUGUUCGUUUACGACAACGUUAUAAAUUAGGUGGUAUUCAUUUUCGAUCAACUGUUUCGAACAAUAACAACAAAAACAACACCAACGAUUAUGAUGAUGAUAUUCAUUUACAAAUAGAUCUAUUAGAUUCAUUACUUGAUUGGCUUGAUAGUCAUCUAUUGACAAUAACCGAUACUAUUUUACAAACAAUAAUAUUGGAUCGACAACGAUUAAAUCGAUUAUUUCAUAAUAAAUUUGAUACAGUUUCUAUAUGGCGUUCAUUUUGUCGUGCACCAAUUAGUCAAUAUUUUAUUGUUGAUAAUGAAAUAUCAUCAUUAUCACAUAAAGCUAAAGAUGAAAUUUGUUCAAUGGAUUUUAAUUCAGUUUAUAAUCAAUGGUUUCGACAUUCUAAACAUUACUUAAGUAAUUAUAGUAAUUCUGAAUUAAUUGGAUUAUUAUUAAAAGAAACAGGAUCAACUAUUGAUCUUAUUCUUAAUGAUCCGGUUUAUAAACGUGAUUUUCUUAAAACAGAAGAUUGGCAAAUAAUUAUAACAAAAUUAAAUCGAUUAAUUGAUCAUUCGGAUAAUUUUGGUAUGAAAAUAUUAUCUAUGAUUGAAGGUUUUUUCAAAGAAAUUUUAUCUCAUUCAACAAUCGAAUCAAUACAUCGAAUAAUCGUUCAUCUAAAAUGUGGUUUAAAUACAAUUCCUUUACAAGGUUUAAAUUGGGAUAUUGUACCGAAAAUAUAUGCCAAUCAAACCGAUAUAAUGGCAUUAUAUUCUACAUUUAAUUCAGCAUUUACAUUAUCAUCACUUGGAUUGAAUACAUUUCUUAGCCAAACAAAAUUCUAUAAUCAUAUUCAAAUGUCAAUGAAAUAUGGUAAUUAUCGCCGCGGUUUUUGUCAUAUUGAAAAUGAACAAGAAUUUCAAGAAGUUUUUGCCAUUGUUCCACAAUCAUCUGCAAAUGAAAUAAUUUUUGCUUUACGUAAUUUACAAACACUUUUAUGUGAUCGAAAAUCAUCCGGACAAUUUUGGCGAAAUAUUAAUCCAAUUUCAAAAUGUUUAUGGUCACCAAUAAAAGUGGAAAGUUUUUCCAAUGAUCUACAAUCAUUAAUGGAACAUUUUCAAAAAUCAAUAAAAUUUCAUAAAUCCAUUAAUCAUAAUAAUAAUGAUCAUGAAAUGAUACCACCAAUUUUAGAUCAAAAACAAUGGAAUCGUUUUUUUAAAUGGUGGCAAGAAGAAAUUAGUCCAUAUCCAAAUAGUGGUCGAACAUUAACAUUGAUGAGAGCAUUUCAAUUAAUCGAUUCAUUUGCUGAUGAACAUGUAAUUUGGAAAGCAUUUUAUCGAUUAACAUAUUUUACAUCUGAAAUGUUUGCAUAUAGUUUUCGUGCAUUACAAUCAACAUAUACUAUUUAUCCAAUACAACCAGAUAUGAAAUGGAUUACAAAUCAUAAAUCAAUUAAAAUAUCAUCACAUCAAUCACCUAAAAAAACAUUAUCAUCACUGUUAACAUCAACAGUAUCGAAUUUAAUAUUUCCUGAAGUUAAUCAUUUUAUUACAUUUGCUACAUUUCGUCAAUUACGUUGGAUUCGUCAUAUAAGUCAUUAUUUUGCACAACAUCCUGGUAUUCUGCAUGAUGAACUUUGUCCAACAUUAAAUAAUUUCAGUAAUCAUCGUGAUAAUUCACCAAUUAUUGUUGAUGAAGAUUUUAAUGAUUUACUUUUAUUAUUAUGUCAUAAUCAUCCAUCUGAUUGGAUUUAUAGUUUAACAUUUAAAUCAAAUUUAUUUAAUAUUAAAGCAUCACCAAGACCAAAAUUUAUAUCACAUCGUAAAAUACGUGAACGUAUUGGUAAAUUAACACAAGUACUUGCACGUAUGUUGGAUUAUAAUAGUGAUAAAAAUAAUCAAAAAUUAGAUCAUGUUAUACGGUUUUUAAAACUGAAACAAUUAGAAUCAAUUGAAAAUGUUGCCGGUACUGGUGAUAUAUUGAUUCAAACAAUUUUGGCUAAAACUCAACAGAAUAAUCGUACAAUAACAGCAAUUUCAUUUAAAGAAUUAUUAUGGACAAGUUGGAGAUCAGUACCAUCAUUAUUGGAUACUGUUGAUCAAUAUAUUUGUAGCUAUAAACAAAUGAAUCAAUCAUCAAAUAAUGAAACAUUAUCAUCAAUCGUUGAUGAUGAUACAAUGAUGGACAAGGAAUUUGAAUAUCAUCCAAAAGCACCAGAUAUGAAAAUUGUUAUGUGUGAAAUGCCUGGUUGGAAUUUUGAUCAGGCUUAUACAUAUCUAUCGAAACAUUUAGAUUUGAAAAAUAUGUUGGCCGUAUUUGCAUCAUCAUCAUCAUCAUCUCAUGAUGUUGUUGAUGAUUCUCAACAAUCAACAACAUCGACAAAAUAUCAUCAACAAUGUGUUACACCAUUACGUUUUCUUUCACGUUGGAUUGAUGUUGGCCAGGAUAUAUUUCAACAAAUGUAUAGCAGUAAAUUUUGGUCAGAAUUAAAAUCAUGUCGUAAACGUCGUCUUAUUUCAUUGUUAGCAUCGACAAAAUCAUCAAAUACAUUUUUGCUUGGUCAUUCAUUACGAUAUGUACGUUUUAUGAACAAAUUAUUGACAACAAUCGAUAAAUUUUCACAUGAAAAUAAAGGUGUAUCAUGGAAUAAUGUACGACAAUUAUGGCAAACAUUUAGUUUUUUCAUAUUGAAUCAAGUACCGGCAUAUGUUCCUAUUACUGAUAUUGUAAGAAAUGAUGUUAAUCUUUCUGAAUAUCUAAAUGCAACAUUAGAUCGUAUAUCAACAUUAUCAAGAUCACGUGCAAAACAAGCUAUACGUUUAUUAACCGAUUCAAUGUUGGAUGUUAAUGCAAUUUCAUGGAAUAAUUUUAGUAAUAUUGCAUUGAAAGAAAUGAUUUGUAAACAAAAAGAAUCGGUUAAAUUUUUAGAUUCAAAAAAUAAUUAUCUACCAAUUAUUGUUAAAACAAUAAAUCAAACACAAUUAAAUUUGGAUAUAAAUGAACAAGAAUCAUUAUAUGAUACAUUAUGUCAUAAUAGUGAUCAACUGAUGCCAAUUAUUGAUUCUUUAAUGGCUGUUAUUGAUCAUGAUUCCGUUACAAAUCGUUUAACAAGAUUACAACGAACAGAAUUAGCACGUUCAAAUUGGAUUAAUGAUGUAUUGAUACCAGAAUUGACUGAAAUGUGGACAUCUGGUGUUUUAAUUGAUAUUGGUAAUAAAAUGGGUAUCAUACAUCAACAACAAACUGAUCCAUUUAAAUCGGGUGAAAGUUCUAGCCAAAAAGGUAUUAAUCAUCUUCUAAUAUCAUUUGUAUCGAUGACAAGAGCACAAAAUUUUAAUAAACUUUAUGAUACAAUUAAACAAACUGUUGAAAAAUUAUCACCAAAAUUUCAUAAAGGUGCUAUUGUUGAUUCAUUAAAUCGAAUAUUGGAUGGUAUACAAAGUUUACAACAAUUAGCUGAACAUGGACUAUUUCAGAUUAAAUAUCAAAUUCAUGAUCUAUUGGUCAAUGCUGAUAAUGUUAAAAUAUUUUUGGAAAAAAAUCUUGCCAUUGAUCGACAUUUAGUUGAACAGAUAAUGAAUGCAUCGAUUGAUUUAAGUGAAUUUAUACAAAUGUCUGCACGUGUUCGUUUUGAUUCAAGUGCAUUUUGUAAUCAAACAUUAUUGUUUGAUGAAUUAAAAUUACAAUUACCAUUGACUAAUGAUGAUGAUAAUGGUGAUGAUGAAAUAUCAGCAACAACAAUUCACAAUAGACAACUUGUUACCAAUGUUCUCUGUACAUUAAGUGUAACUGAAGAUUUUAAAUUCAAUAAUCAAAUCCUUAAUCAAUUGGUUAUUCGACGUUUAACUUAUAAUAUUGUUAAUCUAAUACAGAAUAGUUUAUUGAAAAAAGCUAAAAUCGAAAGCAGCCAAAUACCGAAAGCAUUGAAUGCAAUUAAAGCAUCAUCCGAAGCAAUGCCUUAUAUUAAAUCAUAUAUUAAACAUAUGACAACAUCAUUUGAUCAUUUGGAUGAAUCAAUCAUUCGUACAAAUUUACAUAAUAUAAGUUUAUCGAUGGCUUCGGAUUUGAUUGGAAAAAUUAUUUGUGGUGGAUCGAAUCCAUCUUUGAAUCGUGAAAUUAAAUUACUUAAAGUUAAAGUUGAACAACCGAAAAUUUUAUCAACAAAUGAACGUAAUGUUUUCAAUUCGGAUUUCUGUUUGGAUGGUUAUCGACAAAUUAUGCAAAUUCAAGGUGGUCCGGUUAUUUGGAAUUUUUUGAAACCAAUAUUAGUCGGCAAAAUUCUUUACACACCAAAAGCACCUUUUACCGAUAUGAUAAUGGGCCAAAUGAAUUCAACAUUAAAAUUUAUGCCACGUAUGGUUGAAAUGUUACAUGCAUGGGCACAAACAUUAUCCAGUUUAGAAAGUUUUUAUCAUCAAUCCGAUGUUAAUAAUCGUAUGAAUCAUGUAAAACAUUUAAUACAAUCGGUUUUUAUUAAUGGUGAAGCUGAUGGUCUUUUUACUGAUUUUGAUACAUUUAGUCUGAUUGAAAAAUUAACCAAAUCGGGAAAUAUUUUAGCUAUUGUUAAAUUGAUUGGACAAGUUGCUAAUUGUGCUUCAUUUGAUCGUUUUGUUGGUGUUAAUGAUGAAAUUGAAUUAGAAGAAAUGGCAAGGAAUUUAACCCGGUCUCAUCAAUUUAUAGCCGGAAUUGUAUUUGUUGGUAAACAACAGGAUUAUUUGGAUAAAAAUACAUUACCAAAUAAUAUUGAAUAUAAAAUUCGAAUCGAUAUUGAUUUUGUACCAUCAACCAAAGCAUUAAAAAGUCGUAUUUGGGAACCAGGUCCCCGUGAUCAUUAUCUUGAUGAUAUGCAAUAUAUGCAUGGUUUUGUUCAAAUACAAGAAAUGAUUGAUCGUUCAAUAAUGGCAUUAUUAACUAAUCAAACUAAUCAACAACAACGAUUACCUAUUGAUCCAGAAGUACAUCUACAACAACAACCAUAUCUUUGUUAUGGUAGUGAUAAAUAUGGAAAUUAUAUUCGAUCAUUAGCACCAUUGAUUACAACAAUGGCAUGGAUAUUUUUGAUUGCCUACCUAAUUCGUGAACAUGUACUUGAACGUGAAUUACAUCUUGAAGAAGUAAUGCGUGUUAUGGGUUUAAAAUCUGGUGUUGCAUGGUUAACCUGGUUCAUAUUGGGUAUUUCAAUAAUGACAUUCGCUACUAUUUGUGCAAUAUUAUUACUUUUCGUUGGUCAAUUAAUACCAGCUUCUGAUCCGAUACUAUUGUUUUUGUUUUUUAUGGUAUUCAAUGUAUCAUUGUUGAUGUUUUGCUAUAUGAUUAGUUCAUUUUUUCGUACAGCAACCAUUGCAGCAUUAUCCGGUAUUGUUGCAUAUUUAGCUUCAUUUCUACCGUUUAUGGUUGCCAUAACAUUGGAAAAUGAAAUGAGUUUUAUGCAGAAAAUUUUUACCUGUCUAUCGAUGUCUACAUCAUUUUGUUUUGGAAUGAUGUAUAUGACAAGAUUUGAAGUUCAAGGUGUUGGUAUGCAAUGGAAUAAUUUAUGGCAUAGUCCAAUGCAAGGUGAUACAAUGAAUGUUGGUACAGCUAUUAUUAUGAUGGCUAUCGAUUCAUUGAUUUAUUUUAUUAUUGCCUGGUAUAUUUCACAUGUACAUCCACCGGGUAAUAAUGCUCGACGAUAUCCGGCAUUAUUUUUCCUUUCAUUUUCAUAUUGGAAAAAUGAUUUUUUACGUUCAUUUGGUUUUGGUGAAGAUCAUACGCCACCAACAUCUACGCUACGUAACACUGGCCACAUGAAUCAUAAAGAUUUAUUACCAUACAGUAUGAAUAAUGAUUGUCAUGAUGAACGAAUAAAAAAUGAUGAAGAUAAUACAUCGAUUACAUUGGAAAAUGAUGAUGCAUUUAAUAUUGUUGAUCCUGAUGAAUGGAAAUCAUUAAGUAGUAAAGCAUUUUUUAAUUUUAAUCAUGAUGAUAAUCAAAUGAUUGCUGAUGGUACAUUGAAAACUAUUUCAGGAACAUUGAAAAAAGCUAUACAUCAUCAUCAUAAUAAUCAUCAUAUAGAUUGUACAACAUUGACAAGAAAAGCAAGUCAACAAUCAAAUCAAUCAACAUCAUCAUCGAUUAUAAGUCAAAAUCCAUUAGGUAUGGAAAUCAAUGGACUUUAUGUUAUCUACAAUGAACAUAGUAAUCGAACCAAACAUAUAGCUGUAUCGAAUUUAAAUCUUAAUUUAAAAGAAGGUCAAAUAACAACCAUAUUAGGUCGAAAUGGUGCUGGAAAAACAACAACUAUCAAUGUACUUACCGGGCAAAUGCCACCAACAUCCGGUACGGUUACAAUUUAUGGUUAUCGAAUACCGGAUGAUUUUAGCCAUGCUAGACGUUUACUUGGUUAUUGUCCACAAUAUAAUACAUUAUUUGAUGAUUUAACUGUUCGUGAACAUUUAUUAUUUUUUGCCGAAUUGAAAGGUUUACUACAAGAUUCUAAAACAAUCGAAAAUGAUGUUAAUGAAAUUCUACAUAAUAUGGGUCUAUGGAAUUUACAACAUCAAAUGGCUAAACAUUUAUCCGGUGGUCUAAAACGUAGACUUUGUGUUGCAUUAGCAUUUGUUGGUGGUAGUAAAUUGAUUAUUUUGGAUGAACCAACUGCCAGUGUUGAUCCAGUAGCAAGACGAAGAAUUUGGGAUCUAAUUGUACAACAGAAACGAUCACGAACAAUUUUAUUGACAACACAUCAUAUGGAUGAAGCCGAUAUACUUUCGGAUGAAGUAGCUGUAAUUUAUCGUGGUAAAUUACUGUGUAUUGGUUCACCAUUAUUACUUAAAUCUAAAUAUGGAUGUGGUUAUCGAUUAACAGUUUCAAGACAAGGUGAUUUACUUGAUUGUGAUUCAUUUACAAAUUCACAACAAAUUGAACAUGGUGAUGAAGAAGAAUCUAAUGUUAAUAGUUUUGAUAGCCGUAUUACGAUUCGUCCAAGAAGUGAAGUAGAAAAAUUAAUGGCAUUUACUAAAUGUCUUAUACCGAAUGCUUCAUUUGUUGAAGAUAAUAAUGGUCAGGUUAUACUUUCCUUGCCACAAUUAGAUGAUCAUGGUAUUGCACAUGAUUAUUCAACAUUUUUUCGUUGUCUUGAUUCAAAUAUACGAACACUUGGAUUCGGUAGUUAUGGUGUAACAAGUACAACAUUGGAAGAAGUUUUCCUAACACUUUGUAGUCUUGAAGAACUUAAUAUGCCUGUUGAUGAAGCAAAAUUAGCUGUUGCACGUCGAUUAAGUCAUCAAGCUAAUUCUUAUUGUCAAAAUACCGAUACAAUGAUGAAUCAAUGUUCAACCAACAAUCCUGUACAAUCUGAUAUUCAAAUGGAUUCGGGAAUUCGAUUAAAAUCUCGACAAUUAUAUGCAUUAUUUAAGAAAAGAUUUCUACAUAUGAUACGUGAUUGGAAACUAUUGUUUUGUACAUUAUUUCUGCCUUGUUUAUUUAUUGCAUUUGCAAUGGCUAUGACAUUGAUCAAACCAUCAUUUGCACCGGAUCCAGCAUUACCAUUAGUACCACACAUUUAUGGUCAUUCAACUGUUUCAUUUCUACAUAAUCAUCCUAGACAUGGAAAUUUUACCGAAAAAUUUCAAAUGCUUGAACAAGAAUUAUUAGAAUCAAAUGAUAAUCAAACAGUUGAUUGUUUACAACCACGUGAUAAAUGGCGUACAGCUAAAUGUCCAAUAAUGAAGAAUAAAUUUGAAUCACCAUUACCUGUACAUUUGAUUACAUUGAAAGGUGCUGCAUGGGAUCGUAAUUCACGAUCAUCAUGUAAAUGUCCGGAUUGUUUUCAUGAUAUUCAUACAAUGUCACAUUUUAUACCGAUUCCUAGACAAAAUGCUUAUGGAUGGUUUUAUAAUCUAAGUAAAUUAAUUGAUAUAAAUCAAUUUUUAUUACGAACACAACCAGAAUUUAUGGAUCGUCGUUGGGGUGGUUGGAGUUUUCGUUCAAUACGUUCACAACAACAACGAACUACAAUGCCUAAACGAAGAAUUGUUAAAGUUUGGUAUGAUAAUAAUGGAUUUCAUACAAUGCCUUCAUAUUUGAAUACUAUUAACAAUGCAUUACUUCGUGCAAAUUUAAAAGCUAUCGGUCAAACAAAUAGUUCAUAUCGAAUAACAACUUAUUCACAUCCAUUACAUGUACGAUCUAAUCAAUUAGGUGAUCAAUCAGUUAUGCAACAAGCAGGUGAUGCUGGUAUUGCCAUUAUUAUUUUAGUUGGUUUCAUUUUUAUACCAACCAGUUUUGUUUUCUAUAUUGUACGGGAAAGAAUUUGUGAAGAAAAACAUCUACAAAAAACAUUCGGAGUUGGUCCAUUACUGUAUUGGUUAUCAAGCCUUUUCUGGGAUCUAACCAUAUUGAUCAUUGCUAUUGGUUUCGCAUCGGCUAUUAUUGGUUUCUUUCGAUUGCCAAUUUAUAUGUCACGUUUAAAUUUACCGGCUAUAUUAACACUUUUAUUCUUUUUCGGUUGGGCUAUGAUUAAUUUGGUUUAUUUAAUGGAAAAAUGUUUCGAUGAACCAAGUAUUGCAUUCAUGGGAAUCUAUUGUUUAUCAUUAUUUAUUGGAAUUCAUACUAUGGUCAUGAGAUUAAUGAUCGAUGUUUUUAAAUUGAUUGAAAUUACACCAACUAUAUAUCAAUGGUUUGAAAAGAUUGCCAUAUUUUUACCACCAUAUUUAUUGUUAAGUGGUAUUGUUGAUGUUCAUCGUAAUCAAUUAUUUGCCGAUAUAUUUACAUUGUUCGAUCAAGAUACUUAUGUUAAUCCAUUUUCAUACGAAUUGUUGGGGCGUCAUUUUACCAUUUUUGCCAUACAAGGCUUAUUGUUUUUUAUUAUCAAUUUAGCUAUUGAAUGUGAUCUCAUUUGUAAAAUUAGUGCCAUUUUUAAAUUUAAUCAUCGUCGAUCAUUCGGACCUAGCCGAAUCGGUAAUCAAUUAGAUGAUCAAAAUGAAGAUAGUGAUGUUGCCGAUGAAAGACGUCGUGUUCAUAUGGCAUUUGGACUUCCAGUACCUGUACAAAAUUCAUCUUGUAAUUCACCGGAAUCAAGUAGAAAAGUUUCAUCUGAUUGUCAAUCAACUACAAGUUCAUUAUCAAGUCACAGUGUUACUUCACCAAGUUCCGAUAUACUUCGUGUAUUUAAUGUUACUAAAUUGUUUGAAAAUAUGUUUGGCUAUCGUAGUGCUGUAAACAAUAUAACUUUUUCAGUACCAAGAGGUGAAUGUUUUGGAUUAUUAGGUGUAAAUGGUGCCGGUAAAACUACAUUAUUUCGUAUAAUAACCGGACAAGUGAAAGCAACAACCGGUGAAACAAUGUUUAAUGGUCGUAAUAUACGUGAAGCAUUAGCAAAUAAUUAUCAUAAUGAAUCGAUUGGAUAUUGUCCACAAGCUGAUGCAUUGGAUGGUUUUCUUACACCGAUUGAACAUUUAACUAUUUAUGCACAUCUUAGAGGUAUACCAAGACAUCAAGUUUCAAAGUUUGUAAAAGAAUCGAUUGAUAAAUUUCAAUUACAAAUGCAUUCAACAAUGCCUGUACAGGCAUUAAGUCGUGGAAAUCGUCGAAAACUUUGUCUAGCUAUUGCAAUGUUAGGUCGACCACAAUUAAUUUUGCUGGAUGAACCGACAAGCGGUCUUGAUCCUCAAAGUCGUCGUCAUGUAUGUCAAAAUAUUCAGGAUGCUAUACGUGAUCGUCGUUCAAUAUUACUUACAUCACAUAGUAUGGAAGAAUGUGAUAUUCUUUGUUCACGUUUAGCAAUUAUGGUCAAUGGACGAUUCAAAUGUAUUGGUAGUCCUCAAUAUCUUAAACACAAAUUUGGUACCGGUUACAUUAUCACACUUAGAUUGUCUGAAAUAAAAGGCAAUUUCAAUGAAGCUAUCGAAUUUAUUCGUGAAAAUUUUCCUCAAUCCGUUCUCAGGGCUCAUCAUCAUACAAUGUUGGAAUUUAAUUUACCAACAAACGAAAUACUUUUAUCAAAUAUAUUUCAAGUUUUACAAAAUGCUCAAACAUUACUUUCAUUACAGGAUUAUUCUGUUAGUCAGACAACUCUUGAUCAGGUGUUUGUCACUUUUGCCAAUCAACAAGUAAACGAUUUUGAUGGUCAACAAGAUGGCUCCAAUAAUGAUAAAACAAUGAUCAACAGCAAAAAUAGUGAACAAGAUUCAAAACGUUCAUCAUUUUUAACAGCACAUGAUGCUAAACAUCAAAUCAAACGACAUGCGUCAAUGUUGGUAUCAUUAUGUCGUGAGUCACCAUGUACACGGUCAACAAACGUGAAUCAUAACAAUAAUUGUAGCAAUAAAACAAUAAAAUCAUCCAUUCAAUGGCAAUCAAAACAUCGACAUGCAUCUCUUUGUAAUGAUAGAAGAAAUUCACCAUUGACAGCAAAAAUUCUUCACAGGCGACAAUCAAUUGAACGUCAACAGCGAUUGAAAUCAAAAUCUCCACCAUCCAAAAUUUUGGACAUUGUUGAUUGUAAUGCCUCAUUAUCGAUCAAAAACAAUUUAUUAAUGAAUGGAAAAAGCAAAUUAAAUGGCAACAUGUUACUCCAUAGACAUAGUUUUAGAGAUUCUAUGCCAUCAGUCAUUUGGAGAGAUCAUCAUCAUCAUCCUCGUUUCAAUCAAAAUCCUCAUAGACAAGCACCUAUUUCAUCGAUUCAUAAUGGCAGUAGCCAUAUUUAUCCAAAUCUAGUGUAUGAAACACCUAUAUCACCACCUUGUCGAUAUUGUACGAUUUCAACUACCAAUCAUUAUCAACCACAUCCUCAUCCUCAUUCUCAUCAUAAUCAUCACCAUCGGCAACAACAAGGAGUUAAAAGUGCUAAAUCCAGACAUCGACAAAUGAAACCAUGAUUUUGAACAAUUUUUUAACCCGUUGCGUGCAUACUCAGAAAAAAUAAAUUGGAUGAUGUUUGGCCGAAUGAAUCAGCAUUGAAGAUAUAACCCUAUGGCACACUUUGGCAAUCG